GAAGGCAGUCCAAUUUUGCUGAUUUCUGAAGGUUCCUUGAAUGAUCUAAAUACAAGAUUAGAAAAGAAAGCUUCAAUGACUAUCUUCCGACCAAAUAUUGUUGUUAAAGAUUGUAGUCCUUACGAAGAAGAUUCUUGGGUUGAUAUAUUAAUUGGAACUGUUAAGUUGAAAGGAAAAAUGUCUUGUCCAAGGUGCAUUUUCACAGCAGUGGAUCCAGAUACUGGGAUCAUGGGUGAAAAGGAAAUCCUAAAAGCUCUGAAAAGUUAUCGCAAGUGUGAUCCUUCUGAAGAACAUAUCUACAAAUCUAAUCCUCCUUUUGGAUGGCUAUAUGGAAUUGAGGAAAUGGGAAUACUUGAAGUUGGGGAUCCUGUGUACAAGAUAAUCUCAUGA